AGCGUGAGCUCAGCCGGGAGGGGAGAAGCCGAAGGAGGAGCCGGCGGGUUGCAGCAGCGGCGGCAGCAGGAGGCGGAGGGGGAAGCGCGCGCGAGGAGGAUGCAGAGCCCGGCCAGCGGCAGCUGACCCCGGGGGGGGAGCCCGGCCAUGGCCUUCCUGGGGGGGCCCCGACUCCUGGACUGGGCCAGCUCCCCCCCUCACCUGCAAUUCAACCGCUUCGUGCUGACGGGCUACCGGCCGGUCAGCUCCGGGUCCGGCUGCCUCCGCAGCCUCUUCUACCUGCACAACGAACUGGGCAACAUUUACACCCACGGUAUCCCUUUGCUGGGCUUUCUUUUCCUGAUGCCCUUGACCAUUCCAUGGACCCGAAUCUCAGUAGCAUGGCUAGGAAUAGCACACUAUCUGGCUUGUAUUUUUCCACAGCUGGGCAGUGUGCUCUACCACCUCUUCAUGAACCACGAGGGAGGCCCAGCCGUUUACCAUACCUUGCUCACCCUUGACAUGUGCGGGGUAUGCAUGGUCAACACUUUGGGUGCUCUGCCAAUCAUCUAUUGCACGCUGGCCUGCAACCCAUUUCCCCGUGCCGUUGCCCUGUUGGCCUACACAGCCCUUUCAACUUAUGCCAUCUUUUGCGCAGUAACUGCCCGCUCAAGCGUUCGGCGCCUGCGGUCCUUUGCCUGGCAGGCCCUCUUCCGUUUCUUCUUCUUCUACCUACGCUGGGUGGGACUGGGCACUGGCCACCCUUCCUCUCUGCGUUCGUACCUCAUAAUGGAUGGCUUAGCCCUUCUUGGGGGUGUCAUCAACAUCUCGAGAGUGCCUGAGCGCUGGAAGCCAGGCAGCUUUGACUACUGGUUCAACAGCCAUCAGAUUAUGCACGUGCUGGUGGUGGUCAGCAUCCUGUAUCUCCACUGGGGUGUAGUGGCUGAUCUACAGUGGAUUGCCAACUAUGCCUGCCCAACAGAUUGACCACAUUGCGGCCACUGCUUUCCACAGAAGAAUUCCACUGAUGGACAAGUGGGAGGACUUCUGAGGUCUGGGCUGUAAGGUCAUUAUUCAAAGUCUUCUACAAGGGCUGAUGGACAUGGAAGGACACAUGUAUGUCUUCUGGAUAGAACCUACUUGGGUUUUGUUCUUGGGGGCUGUAGUUUUCCAUUGGUUGAACACUUGUGGAUCAACACCUGUAGGGUUUGGAUACUUCCAGUUAUACGACAAUGGAUUUCCAUUGGUUGAGGUGCUUCUAGAACAGCUUAUGAAGUUCAGAUGUUCUUCCAAAUUACCACCAUGGUGAGAUGGGGAAAGUUGUCAAAUGUUCUUUGAUGGUUGACGUAGUCGCAUAAAUUGUAGGAAAUCAUUGGCAUCAUUGAUACAAAGUUUCUUCAUGAACUUAAACCUUUUACGUCAACACUCAUUGGCUGUACACCUUUCCCUAUUACCAUAGAUAGUUACAUUGGCUGUGGUGGUGAUUUAGGAAGGAUAUCAAUGGACACUCUUUUUUCUCCAGCUGUUUUGGGGAUAAGAUAUGCACUUGGAAGAAAAGGGGGUUAGAAGAUGCUUGAUUUUUGGGUACAGCUUCUCUGCUUUAUAGAGACAGUUAUUUAAUAGACUUUUUAUCCAGGAAUCUUUCAGACACCAUGCAAUACUUUUCUUAUUUUUCAAAAGGGCUGGUUAGACAACUGGAUAUCAAGGUCUGCUGCACUGAAUGGUAUGGAAGCUUUGUCUUUGGGAGGGGGGUCAAAGGAAAAGUACGGCUGGAAUGCUGCUAACCAGCUUAUUGGGGGUGCUCUGUAUGCAUUUUUUGUUCUGAAAUGACUUGAAGCACUGAACCAGCUUUCCCCCCCAUCACAGGGGACAAUUAGGGGCCUUGAAAAAGGAAUAGAGGUGGAAGUUCAGGGGGCCAAGCUUCCAUUUCUGGCUGUUUUCACCAAAACAGGGGCUGUGGCUUCCUUUGCAUCAUGCCUCAGCUUCCCACUUCCCUCCUGAUGGAGAGAUAUAGGGAAAAGGGGCUCAGCCCUGAAUGUAUUUGUUUCUUGGAUUGAUCUAAUUUUUUCCUCUUUCCUCCUCUACCGAUUAUACAUCUAUUGCAGCUGGCUUAGUUUAGCAUGUAUCUGAAGAGCAUUCCCCAGUGGCUGCUGUUGUCACCACCAUUGUGUUAACAGUGCCCCCGUAAGGGAGCCACAAGCUACUACUGCUUUCUUCUCUCUUUUCUUACGGGCCUUUAUGAGCCACAAGGCCACUUAGCUUUCUUCCUUCAUUUGACUUCCUCAAUCAAUUUAGUUGAUCCAGGUUGGAGGAGCACAGGGGAGUUUCCAUUUGCUUCAAUAUGAGUGGCACCACCAGUUUUGACUGUAAAUCUGAGGGGCAAAAGAGCCAAGAUUUUUAGGUCCCUGAUGAGCAGCUAAAUUUUUAAGAUGGUGUUUUUGAGAACAUAGUUAUGGGUGGAAUGCCAAGCCCAAAGUAGCUUUCUAGCAGGUCCUGUUGCCAUAAACACCAUUUCCUUCCACAUUUCUGACUGCUGGGUAGGGAAUGGUAAAUCAAGCAUUUUCCCCAUCCCUGGUUGGUGGGAGUUCAAUUUAUUAUUGGGGGGAGGGAGCUGCUACCCCACAAUUAAGGUACUCUCAGUGCAAAUAAAAGCCAGUGGCACAUUUUCAUUCUAGCACUUCCAAACUAGACAAACUGAGGUCUUAUCUGCAAAAACACAGGCUAGAAUAUAAAUGGCUAGUCUUUAAAGUACCACAGGAUUCCUCACUCAUGCUACAACAUGGCUAUCCCUCUGGAAUGAUAUAAAUCACAGUUGUUUUUCUUUAGUUGCCAUAAUGGUCUUCAAAGUCCAAGCUUUAAGUGAGAGGUGUAGGGCGAUCAGACCCUUAACAUACAUGGUUCUUCAUCUGGUUGGUUUUUUUUAAAACAACAACAACUGUGCGGCUCUUCAUCCUCUGGGUCUCUUGUUCAGUCCCCAAGGAAGGUACUUAAAUCAAGGCCAUGAACAUCAGCACCCCAACCUAUACUUGGGGGCCAUUGUAAAUAAAGAUAAAAUAUUUUAACAUUUAAUUUAACAUAUAUAUUUUAACAGAUUACAAGAAGAUGGAAGAAGUUUUUCCCCAUCCAAUUGGGAUUCUAUAUUUUCUAUGCAGUACCACCUUAAUCUGAAUCUUAAUCCAUUCUGUACAAAAUGGCUGAGAAAACAGAGCAUGUAUGAACAUAGUUAAAACCUGUUUUGGAAAUUCAGAUAUCUAAUUUUUAUGUAGUAGAGCAAAUCAAACAGGAUUUUGGUCCAACUCAGGGCCAAACUAGACAUGAUAAAUAGCUGGGCAAUUCUCUUUUCCCUGCUGUUGGGUGAGUACAAUCUUGAAGGAAGUUGGGGAGAGAAGGUUACCUGUAUAUAUAUUCCACAGGAGUGAAAAACAGCUAGUGAGCAGCCAGGUUAUAGAAAAAUGGCUAGAGGGAAAGGUGUUUAACAGUCCCUCCCCAUUUUUCUUUUUAAACUCUGAGCUGCAUCAGGCUUUUAUUUUCUAGCAAGCAGGGGAAGAAUAGAUGCAACUGUGUCACAUAUUGUUCUGGCUCUUAUCUUUGUAUCAAACAGCUAAUCUGUUGUGCAGGGGGGGGGGUGGAAUUUGGGCAUUACUGCAGACAAAGUUGCUAUGAGCAGAUUUUAAAAGUCAGAUUUUUAAUGGGUCUUGGCAGGAACAGUUACCCUAAAACAGGGUUAAGAGUUAAAGAUGUUUCCCUUGAGGAAAUACGAAAUCUGGGUCUCCAUUUGCCACAGGUUGUCUUUUGUGAAUGGAGAAGACAGCUGGUUGGUGGCCUUAAAAGAAUGUCUGCAGUGAAGGAUAAGGAGUGACUUAGGCCUCCCACAUUGGGGUGUGAAGCGUGUUUUCUGCUCUCGUAUUUUUGGGGCUGGGGUUUUAAGUACUCCCAGCCUAGUCUUGUCUCUUGUUAUCUCAGGGUAGACGGACAUAAGUUAAUGUUCGCAGCUUCUGUGCUGAAGCUACAUAUCUCUUUAAAAUAAAAAGAGCAAGGCAACAAAUAAUUUUUAAAAAUGCACUCCAGGAAGGCAGGAGACAGGGAAACUAUAGUUAUUUAUGGUCCAGAACACCCUGCUGGACAGACAGCAGGUCUUGGCUUCUAAUAAAGAGAUGUCUAAGGAUGAUUGUGUCAUUUUUUUUCCUG